CUCUCUUUCCUUCUUUAAGGAAAAAAUAAAUGGAAAUCACCAAGUCAACCUCGCCUCAUCAUUUGGUCUUGGUUCUUCCAAGCACCACCUCAUUUCCCACUUUCCAAUCUUUAUUUCUCUUCCACCCUUCUUCUAUAUAUAAUUACUCCACAUCCCCUCCUCGAUCCAUCAUCAAAUCAAAUCAAAUCCUCCCCUCCUCUUCCCAUUCAUCCCUUGGAUCGAAGCAGCAGCAGCAGCCGCAGCAGUAGUGUAGUUGGAGCUUGCUAGCAUGAAGGUGCACCAGGUCGCACGUGGGUUUUGGGAGCACGAACCCUCUCUCUCCCUCGGCUGCAAGCGCCUCCGUCCCCUCGCCCCCAAGCUGUCGCCCGCAGCCGCCCCCACCACCACCUCCGCCGCCGCCGACUCCUCCCCCCAUCUCCCCUCCUCUUUCGAUCUCAAGAGCUUCAUCAGACCCGACUGUGGCCCCCGAAAGCAGCUCGGCUCCUCCCCAGACGACAAGAGAUCAGACAAUUCCCCUCAGGUGGAGACGCACCCGGGAGGGACGCGGUGGAACCCGACGCAGGAGCAGAUAGGGAUACUGGAGAUGCUAUACAGAGGGGGAAUGCGCACUCCCAACGCACACCAGAUAGAGCAAAUCACGGCGCAGCUGGGGAAGUACGGGAAGAUUGAAGGCAAGAAUGUGUUCUACUGGUUCCAAAACCACAAAGCCCGCGAGAGGCAGAAGCAGAAGCGCAACAGCCUCGGCCUCACCCACUCCCCUCGAACCCCCCCGCCCCCGCCCCUCGCCGCUUUAAACUUCGAAAUCAGGGGAGAAGUGGAAAGAGAUCAGGAAGACAGCCCGUACAAGAGGAAGUGCAGGAGCUGGGGGUUAAUGGAAGGCAUGGAAGGGGAUCACGAUCAACAUCAACAUCAACAUCAUCAUCAUCAGCAGCAGCAGCAGCAGCAUCAGCAGGAUGGAAGCAGAUCGUCAUGUAUUAGUAGAAUAGAUCAGGAUGAUGAGGAGGGAGAUAGAACUCUGGAGCUCUUCCCCUUGCACCCGGAAGGCAGAUGAAGGAGUACACUACAUCUACGGUCUAAUUUGGUGAUCAUGAUCAGAUGCUGAGAAACAUUGAACAUGUUUAAUUUAUUGACUUGAAUUUGGGGAUGGAAGCAAGGGAUCCAAUUAAUUAAUAUUGUGAGAUUUGCCAUGCAUAAUGUGCUUUCCUUCUCUUUCUUUCUCUUUCUUUCAAUUUCUUCCCUUCUUAUUCCCUAGCUAGCUAGCUUUUUCAUGAGCUCAAUUCCUUAUGAGAGAGAGAGAGAGAGAGAGAGAGAGAGAGAGAGAGAGAGAGAGAGAGAGUGAAUGUUUCUUUUUGUAAUUGUACCAUCCGAUCUGCAGACUUCCAUGUUAUUCCUGACUUGCAGCCAAAGCGCGCUUUGUCAAA